AUGAUAGAGAAUAACGAAAUUAAAUUACAAAAGUUAUAUAAUAGUAAAAAGAUUAUUUUUAUUGACGGUAUUAAAUAUAUAAAUGGUAAAAUAAUCGUUCCUAAUGUUAGACAUAUUGUCAACUCAAUAUUGAGCUUGUAUCAUAGCUCCACCACCUCGGCACAUGUCAAUGCUUUCACCAUGUCAGAAUUGAUAUCCAGCAAGUAUGUUUGGGAUACAAUGAAAGCAGACAUAACCAAGUAUUGCAAUAGAUGUAUUGUAUGUUGUAGAUAUAACGAUUAUUACCACAAGAGAAGAGGUUUGCUAAAGCCUUUACCUGUAAUGAGUGACAAGUUUGUUGCUAUAUCAUGUGACUUCAUAACCAAUUUAAAAGAAGUUGAAGACGACAAUGGAAAUGUAUAUAAUCAAAUUUGGGUAAUUGUCGAUCGUUUCUCUAAAUAUGUCACAUUGAUUCCAACUCAUAAUACCUAUAAAUCUGAAGAUUUGUAUAAUCUGUUUAUGUCAAAUUAUGUUAAAUAUUUUGGUGUACCACGUGAAAUUACUAGUGAUAGAGAUAGUAAACUUACAUCAAAGGUUUGGCGUACUUUCGCCGACAAGAUGAAGGUGAAGUUAAAUUUCACCACCGCUGACCAUCAACAAGCAAACGGUCAAGCUGAGAUUGUUAUUAAAGCUAUUAAAAAUACUUUAAGAAAGUUAUUAUUAGACGACAAGUUUAACGAUUUAGAUAAGAAUUGGUACGAACAUUUAAGUACAAUUCAAAUCUCUUUAAAUAACACGAAAUCUCAUUCUACAGAUUACACACCUUUCUUUGUCACAUAUGGAAAGAAUCCUAAUACUGUUGCUGAUAUUAAUUUAAAUAGUAAAGAUUGGGGUAUUGAUGAAAAUGAUCCAAAUGAAAUUCAAAUUUUUAAUUUUAUUAAAAAUAUUCAAGAAAUUAAUAUUGCUGUAAAAUAUAAUUUAAUAAAAACAAGAAAUAAGAUGCUUGCUAAUUUUAACAAAGACAAAAAGGAUAAUGACUUUAAAGUCGGUGAUAUGGUAUACGUUAAAGAGAAAAGACCUUCUAAGAAAUGGAACAAGUUAGCUCCAAUUUAUGCAGGUCCGUAUGAAAUAAUUAACGUUGACAAAUAUAUAAUAUUACUAUUAAAGAUUAUUACUAAAUCUAAGAUUUUAAAUUCUAAAUACUUUAAGCACGCUGAAAUAGAAGAUUUAGAAAAUUCAGUUGUUAACAAAGAUACUUCCGUUCUAGACAAGACAGAUGGUGUUGUCUCAGAUAAUGAUACAUCAGUCAGUAGUGACGAUGAUGAUGAAAUGUCAACAGAUAACGAUGACGACGUGAUGUCGGUCAAUGACAGUGAUGAAGAUACCAAUCACUCAGUAGAAGACGGUAUGGAUUUAGUCGAAACUAGUCAAAACAAUCACAGUGAAGUGAAGCAGAAUAUGACUACCAACGAAACAAACGAGACUGAAAUAGAUUCGUCUCUCAUGCCUACCGGUAUCGUUUCAGAUUUUAUGAAAUCAGAUGUAAUAAAAAGCAAGAACACUCAUGAAGAAGUAUUACAUGUUUUAGAAAGCAACAAGGAUUCAAAUCUCAAAUACAUUAAAUUGUUAAGAGAGUUGAUAGAAAACGAGAAAGAUUUAGAUCAGAGAAAUAAAGUAUCCGAUAAGUCGAAUCUCCUCGUCCGUUCGCUGAUGAAAUCUAAAUUACAUCCAUCUAUCUUCAAAAUCAUGCAGAAGAGAAGUUUUGUAAUUUCAGCGAAAAGAAGUAUUCCUUUUGUUGAGUACUUAGUUAAGAUCAGUCAUACUGUUGGUUGGGUUCCAUCCUCCGAAAUGAUUGGUGCCACCAAAGAAGUCUCUAGUUUCAAUUCAAUUGUUGGAAAGUUGAGCGCUGCAGUAACAAAGCCUGUCCAAAUUAACAUGUUACGUGCUAGAAGAUCGAACGUCUACAGUUCCUUAAAGUCAUGUUAUGACAAAGCUCAAAUCAAUCGUCUACACUUCAAGUUACACCGAAUCCAAUCCCAGCUAGAGUCUGCUUUACAAAUAUCGAAAUUAGAAUCUGUUGUUUCUGAAUUAAGUAUUCAACACUCAGCCGUCAAGCUUCUCAAUAAUGAAUAUAUUGAGUUUAACGCGACGUUAAAGAUUCAUUCAGUUUUAUUCAAUUCAUUCAAUCUAUUACAAGAAUUAAUUAGAUUAUUAGAACAAAGAUUAAUAAAUAAACAAAAGAUAAAAUAA